AUGUCGGGUGCACCUUCGCCUACUAAGCCUCUGCGCGUGGGUCUCAUUGGCGGUGGUCGCAUUGGAAAAGUGCAUGCGCAAAGCCUCCAGCGCGCGGGUGCUAUUGUUGCUAUGGUCGCUGACCCCAUUGGAGACGUGGCGCAGACAGUGGCCGCCGAGUUUGGCAUCUCGCGCUGGACGAAGAACACUGCUGAGACAUUCUGCGAUCCAGACAUUGACGCUGUGGUCAUCUGCUCGCCGACGGCGCAGCACGCAGAGCAGAUCAUCGAAGCGGCGAGACACAAGAAGCAAAUCUUCUGCGAGAAGCCCGUUGCUUUCAGCGUUGAUGCGGUCAACGAGGCCAUCAAAGCGACGGAAGAUGCUGGCGUGAAGCUCAUGAUUGGCUUCAAUCGUCGCUUCGAUGCCAACUUUGCGCGCAUGAAGCAAGCGAUCGAUUGUGACGAGAUUGGCAAGGUCAAUAUGCUGCGCAUCACAAGUCGUGACCCCAGUGCCCCGCCCAUCGAGUACGUCAAGGUGUCGGGUGGACUCUUUCAUGACAUGACCAUCCACGACUUUGACAUGGCGAGGUUUCUUGUGGGCGACGAAGUAGAUGAGGUCUACGCAAUGGCACAAAGCGUGAACCCGGAAAUCGCGGCAGUAGGCGACGUUGACACUGCUGUGGUGCUACUGAAAUUCCGUGGCGGCGUCAUCUGCUACAUUGAGAACAGUCGGGAGGCGGUGUACGGAUACGACCAGCGCGCAGAGGUUCUAGGCUCGAAGGGGUCGGUGGCGUGCGACAACAAACAUUCGAACCAGGUGGUGGUGUCCACGCAUGAAAGCGUACGUCGUGACUUGCCGCUGCACUUCUUCUUAGAGCGUUACAUGGACGCGUAUGUGGCGGAAAUGGAGGCUUUCAUCCGUGUGUGCACCACUGAUAGCGUUCCAGUUCCUGUUGAUGGUCGUGAUGGUCGUGAGGCUUUGUUGCUGGCAUUGGCGGCAGACAAGUCGCUCGCUGAGAAGCGGCCUGUCAAAAUGGAUGAGUUGCGGUAG